AUUCCCAAACGAGACAUGGAUUUUGGAUUCGCCGAGGUCGCACAACAAUGAAUUUGGCUGUAAAAUAGAAAUGUUCAUAUUUUUACAGCUAUUUCACCGUGAUUUUGUAAAUUUUCAUUUCGCAAAAAUAAAAAUACCGUUGAUUAGAAGAAAAUAAAAUGUUGACAUCAGACGAGUCUUCACCCGCGUAGCCGGGUUGGUCACACAACGCCAACAAUGUUAACUUACUUCCGCCUGCCUUUCACGCUUCACGUCACGCGACCAGAUAAAAACGCAAUCGUAAUGAUGAAAGCUGAAGAGUAUAUUUCCUCCAUGUCUCCAUAGAACACCCCCAAACUUGCAGUAUCUCCUCAAAUUCACAACUACGAAAUAUGAUUCACACCUACGAAAGCUGCAGAGCUGGAGUAUCCGCAACAAGCUGUAACUUCGCCGUGUUUUGUACCUAUACGGACGCCACGCUUUGGUGCUUCGUGCUUCUUCCUCAGAUACAUAAGAACUUUCGCGAGAAAUCUGUAGAUGGACUUAGUGUCUUGUGGUCUACGGCUUUCUUCACGGCCUCCAUUGUAAACAGCUUCUAUGUGUUCCAUGUCAAGCUCCCAGUUUACUUUUGUAUCACGACAGUUACUGUAGCCGUUAUAAGUGUUGUUGUUCUCGUUCAAUUCUGGUCCUACUCCAAAGAGCUUGCCGCGCUGAAGGUAUAUUAUGCCGGAGGCUGUGUGAUAUUAUGGACAGCGAUUGUAACGCUAGAGUUUGCAUUGAACGUAAAAGAGACGGCUGCAAAGAUCCAGUGGCUUGCUUUGGUGCUCUGGAGUGUACUGUUAUUUCCACAGACUGCUGUCAACAUAAGGUUAAGGAGAACCAGUGGCCAGUCCACGCCAGCAGUUGCCAUAACUCUGGUUGCCAAGAUAUUUGAGUUUCUAGGGCAUAGUCUUCUUGCAUUACCACACCAGUACUUGUACAUGACCUAUUUCAGCAGCACCCUUGCUUGCAUUAAUGGAAUGCAGGUAAUUUGGUAUCCUAAGCCGCAACAACAAAGUACAACAAUACCUCAAGUUGUCACAUAUGGGAGUCAUCAGAAUCGAGAUGAGGAUCCUUUAGACGCUGUUGACGUAGAGCCAUUGAUUGGAGACACAGACUCAGUGACAGGACCAGCCUACACAGAAGAGGAAAUAGCCACCGUACAUUCCCUUAAACAGCAGAGGUUGAAGUUUAAGCAAAGGAUAAAAAAACUCCCCAAAUACCAAUUGGCUUUGAUGGUUAUUAUGGCAGGACUCCUUGUGAUAUUUGAAGUGAGUCUCUGUGCAAAUCUUCAUUCAGGUAUCGCAUUGCUUGCACCAUUGCCAGUUAUUCUUGGCUUUGUGAUAGUAUUCCUGUGUCGUGCAUAUAGAGAGGGCCAAUUGACUUUGCUCAAUCCAGUGAUAUCGUGGUUUGGUGACUGUUGCUGUGCAGAUUCUCCAGUGCAAGCAACAUGGUGAAUUCAGGGCCAUCACAAACUAGAGGAUAGGAGCAACCCCACCCCAAACCCCUUUAUCCCACAUACCCACACCCCAGUGAAGAAAUACAGUAUGUACUUCUCAACCACACCCUCCAGAUUUUCUAUUUUCAAGCAGGCAUGUAGACAGGAUUUGCGCAAUUAUAGAUAUUAUAUGGAAUUAAAGUAUAUUUGACGAUAAAUCUUAAUAGUAAACGGACCACUGGGUCGUUCAAAAAACAUACUCACCCCUUAAGCACCUUAUAAUUUGCAUUAUUUCUCGUUAGCUUUUUUUAGAUAAGAAAAACAUAUAUUGGAAAUAAUUAGGUAUUGAUACUGUAUAGAGUAGUAGCUUAAAAUAAUGAAAGUAUAAAGAAUGAUGAAAAGAAAUGCUAUUGAUUUCUCCAAAAAAUUCAUUAAUACAAGCCACUUUCUUACAAAAUUCGUAAUAAAAAUCUAUGUGGCCUUUGUAAGAGUUUUGAGCUAGACAGAAUUGAUUAAACAACGCUUGUAAUUGA